UCAACGAGAAUGUCAAAACAUAAAUAAUUUAGUAGUUCCAUAUUACAAAUAAUAAAAUUUUUUAAGAACAUAAUAUUUGAGAAUGUGAUAAAAGAGGAUGGUAAAACAGUAAAAAAAAUCCUAUUGAUAGCUCAAUUCAGACACCGAGGGCUCGUCUGGUUUUUACAAAUUCUAAAUAAUAGGAAUAUAUAAAAAUAUAGAAAUAUGAUAAAAAUGCAUACACAUAUUUAUAGGAUCAUAAAAUAUAUGAAUUUUUUCUAUCGUUUCGUGCAAACCAACCAAAAUAUUGAAAUGCUUUACCCUAAAAAAAUGGAGGGAUAGAAAAUGUUUCAACAGUUUUUUUUGGUGCAUUCACUUAAAACAGAGGUUACUACUCCCUAAGCGAACGAACCCUGCAAAUGAGUAAGCAAACCAUUUGAGUAAGAGUAACGAAGGGCUUGCUUUGGUUUUACUGUGGAGGCUCACCACGACCAUUGACCUCCAGUCCCCCACCCGUUGACCAAACCCAACACAGCUGGCAGCUGCUGUUCUGCUGCUCUUCUUUGCCGGGGACUUUCGACUUUGUGCCAUCUUCCUCGAUGGCGAGUUCCCAAAUGCCAUUCUCCCAAACAACUUCGCUAUUUUGCCAAUGGACCUCACGAAAUUGUGGAUUCUAUGUCAUUUUGUUAUCGCUUUAACACCACGUCAGCUGUGCGCGCGACAUCCCGAUGGCGAAAUCUCCGUCUUACCCUUAGUGCGUGUGGAGAAAAAAUGAGCAACGUCGGCUCCUAGUUUUCCUGUCUCAUUCCACCGCCCCCUCGCAAUCUCCUCCUAUAUAAGAAUAAUACCAUAGUAGAUCAAAAUUGUAUAAAAUUUAUGGUAUAAUAUUUCUUCUUCUCUCCGUCUUCUUCAAUCACAUAUCUUUCAUCUAUAUUACUUAUUUGUGAUUGUCCAUAACCUGUUUUAAAUAAUAUAUCAUGUACUUAUAGAAUAAAUUAAAUAUUUUAGGCAUAUGAGAAUUUUUUUAGUUUAACUUGCAUGAUAUCCUUAUAGGGAUCGGACAGCAUCAACGCCGAUUAAAAAAACCUAAUUCUUUCCCUUUCCUUGUCUGAUUCCAAAAAAAUAUCAUCUUUUGUUUUUUAUCUCUUAUUUUCCUUCGACUGCCAGAUCAAAAACCGAUCAUUAUCUUUUCUUUUUUAUUCAAAUUCAUGUUCUGUCUGUUUUGGCUGUUUAAAUUGGAGUGAGCUAUCGGGGGUAGUAAUGCCAUUUGAUUGCUUGGUGCCACAUCACCUAGGUGAGGUGUUGCUGAUGUGGCAUCAAAAUAUUAGCAGAAUGGCAUAUAAUCUGCGAUUGUAUGAGGCCCAAUGGCAAACUAGUGAAGUUAUUUAGAAGGUUGGCAUUUGGGAACUCGUGAUCGAGGAAGAUGACAUAAAGUCCAAAGUCCCUCUUUACCGACGCCGUCGGUGUCCAAGAAAAGGAAGAAGAAGGAGAUGGAUCCACCGGCGGGCAGCAAGUACAGGUUUGGUCCGCAUGAGAUCGACGACAGGCAGGUGUUCCGCACCACGCCCCUCUCCUUCGCCAUCGUCAACCUCCGACCCACCCGCCCAGGACAUGUUCUUGUAUGCCCAAAGCGUAAUGUCAAAAGAUUUGCCAAUCUUACUGUUGAUGAGACUUGUGAUUUGUGGAUCACCGCUAAGGACAUUGGUGUACGUCUUGAGCAAUACCACAGAGCUUCUUCUCUCAUAUUCAUAAUUCAGGAUGGACCUCACUCUGGCCAAACAGUUCCACAUGUUCACAUUCACAUCGUUCCCAGAAGGAAAGUUGAUUUUGAGAAUAAUAAUGACAAUACUGGCAUGAUAAAUGCAAAAAACGAGACAUUUGACCUGGAUAUUGAAAGAAAAGAUAGAACAAUGGAAGUAAUGGCCCAAGAAGCCAAUGAAUAUCGUGCUCUUUUCCCCUAGAAAAUUUAUGUAUAUACUAAUUAAUUUUGUCUUUGGCAUUUGACUAUUCUCUGAAUUUUUCAAUUUUCAUACCAGAUGAUCAUACUAAUCAUGUUCUGCAUACCGAUGAUAUUUUGUUGUAACAUCUCU